CCUUCAGUCGCAAGGCUCCCUUGACCGCGAACUCGGAUGGACAAGGUUCUCGAAAAUCUGUCUCUAUCUCACAACAUUCCGGUCGAUCAUCAACGAUGGAUCCGAUUUCGCUUAGCCUUGGGAUAGCUCCGCUGGCCAUUGCGGCCUUGAAAGGCGCAAAACACACCAAAUCCAAGGUCAAGCAAAUAAAACACCACAAGGGAGAGAUCUCUCGAUUUAGAAAGAGAUUCAAGACACAGGUGUCCAUAUUUCGGGAUGAGUCCCAGUUGCUCCUCCAAGACGCCGGAGUUGACCGCGAUAUGGCUGCCGACAUGGUCCAGGACUACAGCCAUUCUCAGUGGACAAGACCAGCCCUAGAGUGUCAGAUACGAGCCUUUCUUGACAAGAAAUACCCCGAAGUCAAGCAGGUGACAGAAGAAAUUCGUGACCAAAUCGCGAACUUCGAUAAAGAACUCAGCAAUCUUGAGGACUCGACCGACGAGUCUUCCGACCGUGGCAAGGCCGCUGUCACUGUUCGACGAGCCCGCAAAGCCGUUGGAAUAGCAGUGAAACAUUCAGCCCUCGAGAACGGGAUCGAGUCACUUACAGACUCGGUCAAUGAGUUCAGAAGACUCAGAAAGACAGCAAAGGAGCUCCAGGCACCUCGAGUACCCUGUUCAAAACAGCGAAAGGCCAUGCCCCGGACGUACAGUCUAGUAGCCCGACACUCGGCAUCGUUUCUGGAAUCUCUCACGAGAAGCUGGUCUUGUCUCAAUUCUAAUGGCCUUCAUUCCACUCACACAGCCAAGCUGUUCUUGGAGAGUGAUGCCUCCAACAGCUGUGUCAACUUCAGAACGAUCCUGGAGUACGAAGCGAUAUCUGGAGACCUAAGACAGCACAGCUUGCUCUUUCUCCGCAUACGUUCUGAGGAACUGUCCUGGGUUGACUUGGGUCUCCCACCGCCGGUAGCGUCCUCAAGUCGCUCUUCAUUUGACGCCGGAGAACCACCAGCCAAGACUCGCCGGGUCAGGUUUGCUGAUUCCCCAAGCGAGUCUUCGGCCAGGCUCUGCCAAAGCUCCGAGACAGACUGCCAAAGACGAGACCAGGCUCUACCCUUAGCCCGCAACCUCUGCCAGGCCAAGGACGUUUGCCAGCACGUAUUCGAGUGCGCAAAAACACUCUACCAAUCUCGACAGGAGGGCUGUGUUGGAUACCUGGUUUCAACCGACAACCUCACACACCGACUCAUGGCAGCCCAAGACAAGGAGAGCACCGCCAUUCAAACCCGUCCCUGCCCCCCGGCAAGUCUUGCUUCCAUCAUACAACCAGCAAGAGAAACCAGCAUUUCAAUCCAUGAACAACUGAGACUGGCUCUCCGCCUCGCACGAUCAGUCCUCCAGUACCAUUCCACCCCCUGGUGGCGCCGGAACUGGUGCCUUUCCGAUCUAUCGUACUUCGAAAUCGACGAAGAACUUUCCACCUCCCUCGCAACGCUCCAUAUCGACGCCAAACUGGUUUCCAGGACUGACCAUCUGGCGAUGCAAGGGGUCCUGACACAAGUUCCCACAGCACCCCUGGACGACCAAGCAGAAAUGCUCUGCGGUAUCCGGAAUGUUACCUUGCACAGUCUCGGCGUGGCUCUGCUGCAGAUCGGGCGGUGGGAGUGUCUGGACACGGAAGACAUAAUCGCCGUGCGCAAGGCAGCGUCAAAACCGUCACGGUUGGGGCCUCGAUAUGACGAGUUGACCACCAGGUGUCUGUAUUGUGACUUUGGAUUUGGAGCAGACCUCAACAAGCCGCAGCUGCAAGGGGCUAUCUACGAGAAUGUUGUCUAUGAACUGGAGCAAAUGGUGGGGCUGCUCGAGGGCUCAGGGGCUUCAGGGGUAUGUUCAUAACAGGAUAGCAAGCAACUUUCUCAUCUCUGAUGCUAGAUUCUCAAUGCAAAAGAAAGCAAAUCAAGACACGAAAUAAAUCAACGCCGAAAACAAGCACUGCAGGUUAAACCACUCCCCUCAAACCCUCAACAACGC